AUGUCGGCGAUUGACUCCAUGACCAUGAAGGCGCGGUCUCCAGCACGACCCGCUGCGCUGACGGCCCAGGUCAAGGAUUGGUCGAUCUUGAGAAUGUCGAGCGGCAAUUCCGACAACGCGGAGAAAGACGCGAAGCCCGCCCCGAAAUCAUCCAGCGCGAUUCGGAAUUCCCUCGUUAUGCAAGACGUGAAGAGUCUCGGCGGCAUGCCGACCCACGACGCCGAGUUCGGG